AUGUGUCCAUCUCGUCUUCCACAUUUCUUUCACUCUACCCCGUCUUUGUCUUCAAUAUUUCCUUCAGUGAUGUGUCCAUCUUGUCUUCAAUAUUUCCUUCAAUGUGUCCAUCGUCUUCCAUAUUUCUUUCACUGUCUACCCGUCUUGUCUUCAAUAUUUCCUUCGAUGUGUCCAUCGACUUCAAUAUUCCCUUCAAUGUGUGUCCAUCCUGUCUUCCAUAUUUCUUUUCACUGUCUACCUGUCUUGUCUUCAAUAUUUCCUUCGAUGUGUCCAUCUUGUCUUCAUAAUAUUCCCUUCAAUUUCUUCUACUGUGUCCAUCUCGUCUUCCAAUAUUUCUUUCACUGUCUACCCGUCUUGUCUUCUUCACAUUUCCCUUCGAUGUGUGUCCAUCUUGUCUUCAAUAUUCCCUUCAAUGUGUGUCCAUCUCGUCUUCCAUAUUUCUUUCACUGUCUACCCGUCUUGUCUUCAAUAUUUCCUUCGAUGUGUGUCCAUCUUGUCUUCAAUAUUCCCUUCAAUGUGUCCAUCUCGUCUUCCUGUUUCUUUUCACUGUCUACCGUCUUGUCUUCAAUAUUUCCUUCGAUGUAUGUCCAUCUUGUCUUCAAUAUUCCCCUUCAAUGUGUGUCCAUCUCGUCUUCUCCAUGUUCUUUCCACUUAUCUACCCGUCUUGUUCUCAGUAUUUCUUCGAUCUGUGUCCAUCCUUGGCUUCAAUAUUUCCUUUCCAAUGUGUGUCCAUCUCGUCUUCCAUAUUUCUUUCACUGUCUGCCGUCUUGUCUUCAAUAUUUCCCCUUCGAUGUGUGUCCAUCUUGUCUUCAAUAUUCCUCUUCAAUGUGUGUCCAUCUCGUCUUCCAUAUUUCUUUCACUGCUACCCGUCUUUGUCUUCAAUAUUUCCUUCGAUGUGUGUCCAUCUUGUCUUCAAUAUUCCUUCAAUGUGUGUCCAUCUCGUCUUCCAUAUUUCUUUCACUGUCUACCCGUCUUGUCUUCAAUAUUUCCUUUGAUGUGUGUCCAUCUUGUCUUCAAUAUUCCUUUCAAUGUGUCCAUCUCGUCUUCCAUAUUUCUUUUCACUGUCUACCGUCUUGUCUUCAAUAUUUCCUUCGAUGUGUGUCCAUCUUUGUCUUCAUUAUUCCCUUCAAUGUGUGUCCAUCUCGUCUUCCAUAUUUCUUUCACUGUCUACCCGUCUUGUCUUCAAUAUUUCCUUCGAUGUGUGUCCAUCUUGUCUUCAAUAUUCCCUUCAAUGUGUCCAUCUCGUCUUCCAUAUUUCUUUCACUGUCUACCCGUCUUGUCUUCUUCAAUAUUUCCUUCGAUGUGUGUCCAUCUUUGUCUUCAAUAUUCCCUUCAAUGUGUGUCAUCUCUCUUCCAUAUUUCUUUCACUGUCUACCCGUCUUGUCUUCAAUAUUUCCUUCGAUGUGUGUCCAUCUUGUCUUAUUUCCUCUUCCAAUGUGUCCAUCUCGUCUUCCAUAUUUCUUUCACUGUCUACCGUCUUGUCUUCAAUAUUUCCUUUCGAUGUGUGUCCAUCUUGUCUUCAAUAUUCCCUUCAAUGUGUCCAUCGUCUUCCAUAUUUCUUUCACUGUCUGCCGUCUUGUCUUCAAUAUUUCCUUCGAUGUGUGUCCAUCUGUCUUCAAUAUUCCCUUCAAUGUGUCCAUCUCGUCUUCCAUAUUUCUUUCUGUCUACCGUCUUGUCUUCAAUAUUUCCUUCGAUGUGUGUCCAUCUUUGUCUUUAAUAUUCCUUCAGUAA